AUGUCUCCCUUCUUUUUGUGUGUUGCUUUUGCCUUUGGCAUUACGAGCACCAUCUUUGGUCUUGUGAUGCUUGUGCGGCUGAAGAUGUUUGAGGCGGCCCAACAGCGCCUGGACUCCCGCGCCUGUGAAGAGCGGGACGCGACGGACUUCUCCCUGCAGGCGAGGGCCCGGCGUCCACUGCGGGUGUUGAUAUUGCACCCCGAUCUUGGCAUCGGCGGGGCGGAGCGGCUCAUUAUUGACGCCGCACUCGCCAUGCAGAAACAUCAACACAUCACGCCUAUUCGUGUGACGAUUGUUACUUGUCAUCAUGAUGCCAAACGGGCAUUUGCGGAAACCGUAGACGGUACGGUAACGGUGCGAGUGUGUGGAAAUUGGUUGCCAGGUACGAUCUUUGGAAAGGCGAAAAUAUUUUGUGUGACUUUACGAAUGUUAUGGGCGGCCUUUAUGGCGUGUUUCUUCUACAAAGAUACCGAUUGCUUUGUGGUGGAUCAAGUAGCUGCUGUUCUUCCAUUACUGCAUUACAUUGCGCCUUACUCUCCUAGACUGUUUUAUUCCCAUUUCCCAGAUCAAUGUUGUGACUCUAAUCGAGAUGAAGAAGGUAAUUUUAAAAAACCUCCUUCAAAAUUACAUACAAUGUACAGACGCUUCUUUGAUUCAUUAGAAGCACGUGCGAUGAGUCAUGCAGAUAGUAUUGUUUCAAAUUCUAAAUUUAGUAGAGAUAUUACCAUAAAAACGUUUCCUCAGCUUCAAUCUGUUAUUGAUCCUGAAAAAGAUAUUUUUUAUCCUCCUGUCUCAUGGGUAAAUAAGACAGAACCUUCGACUAAAGAAUCUGAUUCAUGCAAGGAAGAAACGGAUUCACUUCAGAAUCGUAUACAAGGACGUACUGUAAUACUCAGUAUUAAUCGUUAUGAGAGAAAAAAGAAUCUUUCAUUGGCAAUUGAGGCAUUUGCACUUGUUAUCUCUAAAAAUCUUGAUUCUUUGGUGAAACCACCACUUCUUAUUAUAGCAGGUGGUUAUGAUACCCGUUUAGUAGAAAAUGUGGAACACUUAAAGGAACUAAAAGAAUUGGCUUUACGUCAUAAACUUACAGAUGAUCAGGUACUAUUUCUACAAAAUAUUUCUGAAGCCACUAAAAGUUUACUAUUAUCUCAAUGUUGUUGCCUUGUGUAUACUCCAACCAUGGAACAUUUUGGAAUAGUCCCAACGGAAGCCAUGGUGUGUGCUAAACCUGUAGUUGCUGUGAAUCAAGGUGGUCCAUGCGAGAGUGUUGGUGAGGGCGGAACUCUCUGCGAUCCCACACCAGAGGCCUUUGCGGCGGCGUUGACAACAUACAUCACUGAUGAGGCGUUGGCUGCUCGUGUGGGGGCGGCGGGAAGAGAGCGGGCGAUGAAUCUUUUCAGUAUGGAAGUAUUCGGGGAAAAGUUGGCAACACGACUGUUGACACUAUGGACAGGGGUAAAUGUUACACUUUCUAAUGAAGGUGUUGAAAAGGAUAGAAAAGAAAAGAGUAAUUAA